AUGCAUCUGAUUAUGCUCAAUGUGAUUAUGAACAUGUUGUGGGGUGGUACAUUUAAUGAUGAAGACAAGAUUAGAAUUGGCUUGGAAUUUGGACGUGUAGCUGAAGAAGUUGUGGAAUAUGUAGGGAAAACCAAUAUUUCUGAUUUUUUUCCUGUUCUAGCAAGGCUCGACUUACAAGGAGUAGAACGACGAAUGAAAGAGCUUGUUUCGUGGUUAGAUUCAUUCUUCAGCUCUAUAAUUGAACAAAGGAUGAAAAAUUAUGGAGAUCAGGAUGGCAAGAAUGAAUUCAAAGAUAUUCUACAAAUCUUUCUACAACUUCAAGACCAAGGAGAAUCCAGAACUCCUUUUACCAUUACCAACCUCAAGGCUUUGUUCACGGAUUUGGUGGUCGUCGGUACAGAUACAUCAGGGGUGACAGUAGAAUGGGUGAUGGCCGAGCUAUUGAAACAUCCAAAAAUCAUGAAAAAUGCACAAGAAGAGUUGGACAAUGUUGUUGGGAGAAACAACAACGUAGAAGAAUCUCACAUAUCCAGAUUACCUUAUUUGGGUGCAAUUCUAAAAGAAACACUUCGUUUAAACCCGGUCGGACCACUCUUGGCUUCUAGGUGCCCAAGCUCGUCUUGCAAUGUAGGAGGCUAUGUGAUCCCUAAAGGUGCUCAAGUUUUUGUCAAUGCAUGGGCAAUUCAAAGAGACCCUAAAUAUUGGGAUAAUCCAUAUGAAUUCCAACCGGAGAGGAGGAGAUGUGUGGGUAUUCCUUUAGCAGAGAGGAUGGUACCUUAUGCACUAGCUUCUCUUCUGCGUUUAUUUGAAUGGAGAAUGCCAGAAGGUGAGGAGAUUGAUCUCUCAGACAAAUUUGGUAAUGUUUUGAAGAAAAACACACCUCUACAUGCAAUCCCAUUUCCAAGAUUAUCUGAUCCAAGCCUCUAUGUUUAG